AUGCAGAGGCAUGUGCAGAGGCAUCGCCAACAGGUUAAUAUAGACGGCAGCUGCGUCCUGCCAACCACUUGUACUCCUGCCAAGAUGAAGGUCGUGUUGUUUCUCGCUGUGGUCGGGCUGGCAGCCUGUCAAUUCCAAAAUCGGUUCUCAGGCUUCGGUGGUCAAAACUUUGGCGGUCAAGGCUUUGGUGCUCAGGCUGACGACACCCGCGGCGGGAGUGAAUAUUACUUCUCCUGGAAACACGACGGAGGCAAAGAUUACCCUGCCAAUGCGGCUCACAGCUUGUGUACAGGUCUGGGCGGCGGGUGGCAGCCGGUGGGCAUCAGCUCCGAAGAUGAACUCAACUACAUCAACGGCAUUGUUGGCUCAAACCGGCUGCAGUUCAUCUGGACCGGCGGGGUGAGAUCUGGCGCUACCUUCGCAUGGAUCAACGGUGAACCUUUCGGCGUUGUUGGCUGGUCACACACCGGAGGACUCGGCCGACCUCAGCCCGACAACCGUGAGAACGGCCAAGAGAAUUGCCUGGCCAUCCUCAACAACUUCUACCAGGACGGCAUCAAAUGGCACGACGUGGCCUGCCACCACGUGAAACCCGUCAUCUGUGAACGUCGAGCUUAAGCUGCCCCGUAAACUGCCCCCCUGCUACUCACGGAACUGUCGCUCCACGAUACUUUCCAUGCAUGAGUUUGGAAAUACUCAUAUCUCAUUCUAUUGCUUCUCGUCUUAUUACUUACAUUUCAUUCUGCAUCAUCAAUCCUAUAACAAUAUAUGAUUAUAUAUGAGGCUACACAAUAUUGUGUAGCCUCUCACUACCGUCCCAGAGAG